CAUCAAACCAUUCUAGAAAAUAUUAUAUAUGUUGUAACAUUUAUUUUUAUUUUUAUUUUUAUUCAAUGUUGUAACAUAUUCAAAUCUAUAAGCUAAGCCUCUUGGCACUUGCCCAACUUGUCCUUGGUACGCGUUCUUUAUCUCAUCAGCACUGCAUGCGUCAUCUACUUGAUUGGUUUUCUGUGAAUCUUCUACAGAUUAUAUAUAUAAAAGGAACCAUGUACAAAGUAACUCAUCCUGUAAACCUCACAGAUCAACCAACAGAAAUAUUUGCAUUUCUUCUUCCUUCUUGCCAUCAAAAAGCCAUACAUGGCGAACCCCACUUCCCUUGUUGCAAAACCUAUUCUGGAUGAUAUUAUUAAGACUACUUUGGCCUUGAUCAAGGAGACCUAUUCUUCUGUCCGUGGCGUGAAGAAAGAAGUAGAGAACCUCUCGAGUAAGCUCACUGCUAUCAAAGCCGUGCUUGUAGAUGCGGAGAACAAGCAAGAGAACAAUCAACAGCUAAAAGAUUGGCUCGGAAAGCUCAAGAAGGCAGCUUUUGAUGCUGAAGACAUACUGGAAACUUUUGCAGCAGAAGCUUAUCAUUGGAAAAAGCGGCAGACUGCGGUACGUAACUCCCUACCUUCUUUAGGCAAAGUAUCCUCUAAAUAUGAUACUGCACAAAAAAUCAAGGAUAUUUCAAAAAAGUUUGAUACAAUUGCUGAAGAAAAAAACAAAUUCCAUCUCGUCAAUAUCCAAGAUAAUGGCGGUAGGCCUGAGACCCCAAUACACACGGGGCCUUUUGUGGAUAAGUCGGAUGUAGUUGGUAGGGAGGGUGAUAAAGAUCGCAUAAUACAAAUGCUGCUUUCGAAUGAAUUUGAUGAAGAAGGCGAAGUUUGUGUGAUUCCAAUAACAGGAAUGGGAGGCCUAGGCAAAACAACUCUUGCUCAACUUGUCUUCAACGAAGUAAGUAAGGACCAUUUCAACCCAACCAUGUGGGUCUGCAUCACACCUGAGUUUGAUCUCACGAGGAUUCUUAAAGAAAUGAUUCAAUUUCAUUCCAAGAUGAAAUUGGAGGACUGCUCCACAAGCCUCCUACAGUUACGACUUCAAGACAUCUUGAGAGGAAAACGUUUCUUACUUGUUCUAGAUGAUGUCUGGACAGAGGAUAUCUCAAAAUGGUAUUCUCUGCGAGUUCUCUUAAAACAGGGGAAAAAGGGUAGCAGAGUUUUGGUAACCAGUCGGAGUAUUAGGGUUGGGGAAAUUGUAGGCACUCAACCUUCCUAUCGUUUGCAAUAUUUGCCUGAAAAUGAAUGCCAGUUCUUGUUUGCAAAGAUUGCAUUUGGGAAUAUUGGCACAACUUUAUCCAGCGAGAAACGGGAAGAAUUGGAAGAAAUUGGUAGAGAAAUCGUUAGAAAGUGCCAAGGUCUCCCUUUGGCAGUCAAGGCAAUGGGAGGUCUCUUGCGCGGUCACAUUGAUGUAAACAAAUGGCAGCAAAUUCAAAGAAAUGAAAUAUGGGAAAUAGAAAACCAGAACCCUGCAGCUGACACUCUCAAUGUCAUGGGUCUUCUAAAAUUGAGCUAUAACCACCUACCUUCUUAUCUAAAGCGUUGUUUUGAGUAUUGCUCCUUGUUUCCUAAAUCCCAUGUGUUCUAUAAGGCAGAGUUGGUCAAACUCUGGAUGGCGGAAGGAUUUAUAGAAUCCUUGGGACGAGAUACAAUGGAGGAGACUGGGAUUGCAUAUUUUAGUGAGCUUUUAAUGAGGUCCUUCUUUCAGCCUUCAAGCAUUGACAACAAUCAGAUAUUCAACAUGCACGAUCUUAUGCAUGACUUGGCAACAUCAAUUUCAAGCCCCAAUUACUGUCAAGUGAAGGACAAUGAGUUCAGUUUCUCUGAACAUACUCGUCAUGUGUCCUUGCUCGGUAAAGAUGUCAAGCAACCCAUGUUGGCGAUUGUCAAAAUUGCUCAGAAGUUGCGCACACUUCUACUGCCUAAUGGCCACAUGGAAAACUUUGGUCAAGCCCUUGACAAAGUGUUCAAUACAUUGAAAUACAUGCGGGGGUUGGAUCUUAGUUCAACCCAGAUCAAGGAAUUGCCUGACUCAAUUAAAGAGUUGAAGCUGUUGCGCUACCUCGACCUCUCUAGAACAGAAAUCAGACUUCUCCCCAACUCAAUUUGCAAUCUCUUCAAUUUGCAAACGUUGAAGCUCUUGGGGUGCAUUUGGCUUUCUAGUUUGCCACAAAGUAUGGGAAAUUUGGCUGAUCUUCGAUACCUUGAGCUCGAUGAUAUGUUCUGGUUGAAGCUAUCCAGGUUGCCACCAAGUAUGGGGAACUUAACCAAUUUGCACAAUUUGCCAGUAUUUCACGUUGGCGACGAAGAAGGGUAUGAAAUUGAACAAUUGGAGAAAAUGGUGCGUCUUUCAGGAACAUUGCAUAUCUCAAAGCUAGAGAAGGCAGUCAAUGCAGGAGCCGCCAAAUUGAAUGAGAAGAAGAGCCUUGACAAGUUGGUGUUUGAAUGGAGUAACAGAGUUGUCCAUACACAAGAUCAAGCAACUGAAAACAGUGUACUUGAACGUCUAGAACCUCACUCAAACCUCAAAAAGCUCCAAAUUUUACGUUAUGGGGGCAAUGAAUUUCCUGCUUGGAUGAGAGAAGGGGGGCUCCAAAAUUUAGUCAGUCUUACCUUGAAUGGUUGCCUAAAAUGCAAAACCCUCGAUCUAGGUGAUCAGUUACCCAAUCUUCGAGAGCUCUACAUCAAAGGUAUGCAGGAGUUAGAGAAAUGGACGGAGGUCGAAUGCUACUCCCUUCGCUUGCUAAAGUUGAGUAAUUGUCCGGAGCUAAGGGAGUUGCCUGACAUCUUUCCAAUUUUAGAUUACUUGAAGAUCAAGAGAUGUAAUUCCUUAAGGGCUCUUCCAGUGGUCCCAUAUUUGCAGAUUCUAAUACUCAUUGACAAUCUUAUUCUGGAGGAUUGGCAUGAAGUAAAUAUAGUGAUGCCUGAAACCGCCACUCGCCGACCCUCUUUGAUUGAAGUGUCAGAACUGAAAGUAAUUAGCUACCCCAAGCUGCAGGCAUUGCCACAAAACUUCAAUCCAAAAAAGCUGGAGAUCCAUGGGUGUGAGCUGCUGACCACUCUCCCACCACCACACCAUGCUCAACGUCUUGAGCAUUUAGCUCUAGAUGCAAGUCGUGAUGGAGAAUUAGUGAGGGCAAUGCUAGAUCCCAGCUCUCUACACUCGUUGGUUAUUUCAAACAUAUUCUCACUUCCCAAAUGGCCCGGACUUCCAGGGCUCAAGGCGUUGUACAUUCGUGAUUGCAAACAUCUGGUGUUCUUGUCCGACACAGAAGAAGGGUCGCUGCAAACCUUGACCUCUCUCAAGCUACUUUCCAUUCGAAAUUGUGAAAAGCUGGAGACACUAAAUGAGGAGCUACCCACUUCGCUGGAGUGUUUGAUUAUCGCAUCAUGCCCCCUUCUCAAGUCAUUUUCACUGAACAACCUCCCUUCACUCACUGACCUUUACAUUGAGGAUUGCCCUUUGCUCCAGUCCUUACCCAAGGAUGGGCUUCCCAACUCUCUUCAACAUUUGCUAAUCCAAACAUGUCCUCUGUUAUCUCAGCGAUGCCAGAAGGAGGGUGAAGGAGGUCGAGAUUGGCCCAAAAUUGAGCACAUUCCUGACUUGGAGAUUGAUAAUUACCAUAUUGUCCUACCAACAUCACCAGUGGCAAACCGGCCAGCUUGGUAUCGUCAAUAUUUUCUAUGCUGCAGAGGAAUUGACACUAUUGAUAUAGGCGGGGCAAAAGAAUGACCAAUCUAAUUCUCCUCGUUUAAUGCAAUGACAAAAAGGACUAAAUUCAAAAGUGAAGACGCUGGUGGAAUUCAAGGGACACUAUGCACAUCCAACAAUAUGUUAUCCAUGGUGAAAAGAUUAAGAAACUGCGGCUCAGAAGUACUGAACACAAAGGGUCGGUUGUGUGCUUCUUAGAAUAUAGGAAAUUAAAUCAAGUUAAUUGUGGUACUUGUUUUAGUUGCUUUCUAAUUAGGAGUUAUUGGGUAUUUUCUUAUUGAUCAAUGUAUUUGCAUGGUUUAAUGUGGGUGUUAAGCACUUGUUUAGGGUUUUAAUGUGGGGGAGGAGUUUGAGGCUGUGGUCUUGACUCCAUUAUAACACAAAUAAAAGAGUCUUAUAGGGAUUGAAUAAAAAAUUCAGGUUUUUUAUGUAACUAUUAAUCCAUGUUGAAUAAUUGUGUUGGUUUUAUAAAAAUUUGUUUCUAAUCCCUAUGCAAUAUUAGCCCGUUUCUCCUGCAUAAUUAUUGAAAAUGAAUAAGAAAAAGAAAAUUAAAAAUAAGCUCAAUCUCUCUAAUCUCAAAUAGAAAUGGUGAAGGCUUGGUAAUGAAAUCUUGCUUAGAGGGAAAAAAACAAAAAACAAAAAACCCAGAAAUGGUUAAGUUGUGACAGAGUAAUUCCUUCUAAUUUGAGAAGCAAAGUAACUUGCAUAUCUAAAGUUUAACUUAGUGUUCAUAUAUAUCUUACCAUUCUUCUUCUCCUCGAAUUCUGUCAUGAAAUUACUGUUGCUGUUUUUAUUAUACUAAGAUAGGCAUGGAUUAUUGCACAUUAUCAUGUGGGAGAAACAUAUUGAUUAGAAACAGUUCGAUCAACUGACCUUCCUU